AUGGCAAAUACUAACGUUGAUAUUGAAAGAUAUAUUCUUAUUUUUGAUGAUUUAUUUGAAAAAUUACAAAAAUCAAAAGAUAACGAGGAAGAUGAUACAAUAGUCAAAGCUUUAAGUGCUAUCCAGCAAUUACCAAAUGUAGUAUUAAUGAAUUUAGUUGAUCAUAAACUAUUUAUAGAAAUAAGAUCGACAUUAAUUCAUUUAUUAGAAAAAUGGUUUAAGACUCAAUUAAAUGAACGCGAUCAUGAUAUUUUGGAGAAAAUAAUUAGAGAAUUAGCAGGCCUUUAUCGUGGGAUGGAUCUUGAUGUACGACAUGUGAGAAUAUAUGAUAAUUUAUUAUUUGAUUUGCCAUUAUUAAAUAUAAUAAAAAUGAAUAUUGACAAUAUUUCAGUGAAGUCAAUGGAUGAUCCAGUUUUAUUCUGUUUUGUUACGUUGAUAAAUAGAUUAAUAUAUUUAUCAGAUUUUUCUGAUGAUGAAGAGAGAAGCAAUAUGCUUAAACCAAUAUUCGAUUCCCUGAAACAAUCUCUAAGCGAUGGUACCAAAGAAGAUGAUUUGCGAUUCACAUACUACACGCGAUUUGUUACUUUUGAUGAUCAUCUUGAAAAAUCGAUAAUAGAUCAUGAUGUAAUUGAUGCUAUUACAAAACUGGAUUUGGACUUUCGACUCGAAUGUCUAAUUGGACAUAAGUUAUUUUUGAAAAUAAUAUCAACAUUGACGAAUUUAUUUGAUAAAUGGCUCACAUUAAAUGAAUACGAUAAAUUGACUUGUUCAAAAAUAAUCGAUCUAUUCAAAGGAAUCUAUUAUCCAUACUGGGGUACUGGAUUGGAUAAUAUAUUAAAUCGUACGUCAUUGAUAAAUACAAUAAAAACAUGUUUGGAACAUAGUUUAAAAAUAAAAACAUACGACGAUCAAUAUUUUUCAAAUUUGUCGAAACUAAUCAGUGUAUUAACAUUAGAGAAGCAAUACCGUAAUGAUCUAGAAAUUAUAUUAAAACCACUUGAUCAAUUAUUAUUAGCAUAUAUCACUUCAAUUGAUUAUAAAAUUUCACUUGAACAAAUUGAAAGUGAACCAUUUACAUACAAUAAAAAAGAUGAAUUUUAUUUAAUAACUUGUGUAAGUCUGAUUUUGAGUGUCGGUGAAGAUAUUCAGGAUGAAUUAUUUAAUAAAAUGUCAAAAUAUUAUGAACAUACAUUGAAACAAUUAAUAUCAAGAUCAAAUAAUAUAUUUGAAAAUAAAUCAAUUAUAAGAUCAUUAAUGUAUAUUAAUGAAAUUUUUAAACGAUUAUAUACAACGAAAGGAUUUUUAAAUGUAAUCGAUGAUUUUAUUUUACUAUUUCAUAUGAUACCUAUUGAUUUUCAAGUACAAUAUAAAAGUGAAGAAGAACCAGAUGAGUAUAAAAAAAUGGAUUGGGCUGAAUGGUUUUGUUACUUUCCAAAAGAUUUAGAAUCAUUAGAUGAAAGAAGUAUAUUGAUAAAAUUAAUCUAUAAUAUAUUAUACAAGAUAUAUGAAUGUGUAUCUGAUCCGGACAUCAUUUCAAUUAUAAAAGAUAAACAUAUAACAGAAACGAUAUUAAAAUUAAUAAAUAUUAAUUGUAAAUCAAUACAACUUGUUGCUUAUAAUAUAUUAGCAUUAGUCAUGAGUGAAAAUGAUGUUAAAACAUUAGUUCGACCUGAUAAAAUAACAUCAAUAUUUAUUGAAUAUCUGGAACAACUCGAUAAAGAUUUUAAUCCAUAUCGUGAUAAUCAUAACAUACAAUUGAUAAAUGCACUAAAAGGUAAAUAA